AUGAAGUCGACUUUUUCUUUGUUCCGUUCGUCAAGUAUUUAUAUAGCGCGAAGGAAGACUGCUCUUCCGGUAUUAUCAAUUGCUCAAAGGGGCUUACAUCAACAAUUUGACAUAAAAAAUGCUUCAUGCAGUAACGGCGACAAUACCAAUAGCACAUCUUCCAAUCCGCCUCUUUCCUUUCCAUGUAUCGAUAAACUUGCCUCUCGCACCAUGGCCUUAGACAGUGGACCCGAGCCUAGUUAUGAUAAGAUUGUCACCGGCUAUGAAAAGUUUGAAUAUCCUCAUCCCUUUUUACUAGAUCAUGGUGGCAUUCUUCCGAAAUUUGAUAUUGCUUACGAAACGUGGGGAACGCUCAAUGAAAAAAAAGACAAUGCUAUUCUGAUACACACGGGUCUGUCAGCGUCUUCGCAUGCAAAAUCGCACGCCAAAAAUACUAAACCAGGAUGGUGGGAAGAUUUUAUUGGACCCGGUGCUCAUAUUGAUACCAACAAAUUUUUUGUCAUCUGUACAAAUGUGAUUGGAGGUUGCUAUGGUUCAACAGGGCCAAGCUCCGUUGAUCCUGCUGAUGGAGAACGCUAUGCUACACGAUUUCCUAUUGUGACAAUCUACGACAUGGUGAGAGCACAGUUCAAAUUGCUGGACCAUUUAGGGAUCGAAAAGUUGCAUGCUAGCGUGGGUAGCAGUAUGGGUGGUAUGCAGUCAGUCGCGGCUGCUAAGCUGUUCCCUGAUCGUGUCAAGAGAUUGAUCUCAAUAUCAGCUUGUGUCAGGUCACAUCCCUACUCUAUUGCUCUACGACAUACUCAGAGACAAGUGUUAAUGGCUGAUCCGAACUGGAAUAAAGGCUUUUAUUACAAAGGAAUUCCGCCUCAUAUAGGCAUGAAGCUCGCCCGUGAGAUUGCCACUAUCAGUUACAGAUCAGGUCCAGAAUGGGAAUUACGCUUUGGUCGUAAACGAGCUCACGAAAACCAAUCUCCAGCUCUGUGCCCUGAUUUCCUUAUUGAGACCUACUUGGAUCAUCAGGGAGAGCGUUUCUGUUUGCAAUACGAUCCCAACUCUCUUUUGUACAUCUCUAAAGCUAUGGAUAUCUUUGACAUGUCUUCCUCCCAAUUCGAUAAAUUACAAAGCCAGCGAAAACAUAAUCUGAGCAAACUAGAAGAAAUCGUAAAGAAGCAGCAACAACUGAGGAACGGUUCCGAAGCGGAUUCUUCACGCAUCAUGGCCGAGGCCUGCCGAUCCAUUGUUGGCCAUCAAUCUGCGUUAGAGCAAACAGAAAGAGACGACCUGAAUGAUAAUCAUCAGCAAGAAGUGAAAAAUGGAGAAAGUAAGAGACCAUUAACGACGCUAUCUUCAUCUGAUCCAGCUACGCAAGACUUGGUGCAGGGUAUGAAGGGCAUUAAUAUGCCAACGCUGGUAUUAGGCGUACAAUCGGAUAUCUUAUUCCCUGUUUGGCAGCAAAAGGAAAUUGCUGAAUGUCUGCGAGCAGCAGGCAAUAAGCGUGUCACUUACUACGAACUGGAUGCUAUGUUUGGGCAUGAUACGUUUUUAAUCGACCGCGUCAGUGUAGGUGGUGCCAUCAAAGGACACUUGGAAUUACUAGAGGAUAAUACCACUUAG